AUGGAACGUGUAGUAGUGCAAACAGAACGGGAGCCGGGAAAGAAGGGAGAUGAUCAGAAUAAUGUUACUGGUAUGGACAAGAAGCGAUUUCUGGGAUGUAUUGGUAUGGUGGUCAAUUGUGCUGUGGAAAUAAAAGGGAAAUCAGAGAGGAUCAAGAUGGUGUUGGAUGCGGCGAGAAGAUUCUUGGACAUUGGGGACAUAUCAGGAGAAGAACUAGAUAAUACGCUGAGGAAAGAUGUGAUUGAGAUGGAUGAGUAUCGCAGACUCUCAGACGCCGGUGCGGUCAGCAGUUCCUCAGAUCACAGCGGGAACGUUUCUCCUGGCUUGACCAAAGUGCUGAAAGAUCAUGGAUACACCGUAGAGGACCAGCUUGGACGAGGGGCUUCAGGAAUAGUGUUUCUGGUGAAAGACGCAGACGGAGAUCCUUAUGUGGUCAAACAGAUGAACUCCAGAGAUGGUCAGGAACUGGACUCUGUCAAAAAGGAAGUCGAGAUCCUGAAAACUCUGCAGUUUGGAUAUAUUGUUACUUAUGUGGAGUCAUUUGAAGAUGAAGAAGCGAGACACAUUUAUAUUGUGAUGGAGUAUUGUGAAGGAGGAGACCUUUCCAAAGCCAUGGGGAAACAGAAAGAAGAAAGUUGUUUUGAAGAAAAACAGGUCCUCGACUGGCUGGUUCAGAUUUGUCUGGCUCUGCAGUAUCUACAUGAGAAGAACAUUCUUCAUAGAGAUAUUAAACCUCAGAAUGUCUUCCUGACUGAAGAUGGUUACACCAAUCUAGGAGAUUUUGGAAGCUCAAAAGCAUUGGAAAGAGCUAAUGGAUAUGCUAAUUCCCUUGUGGGAGCAAAGCCCUACAUCAGCCCAGAAGUUUAUCAGAGGAAAUAUAAUUCCAAGAGUGACAUAUGGUCGUUGGGAUGGUUGCUCCAUGAUCUCUGCAUGCUGGAUGUGUGGGCAGAUGACAUUCAACGUAACAUGCUCCACGCUGUCAGCAUGGCAGGAAACCCCCCUCACAUCUCAGAGAGAUACUCAGAGGAACUACGGGAAUUAAUCAGACAAAUGCUCAGCCGUGACCCUAAAGACAGACCUUCAGCUGAAGAGAUCCUAGCCAAACCAUUCCUGACCGAUGCAGUAGCCAGGAACAGCAGAACGCCAGAGGCACUGCUACAGAGAUUCAUGGAGUCCAUCAAAGCCUUCAAUGAGGCCUACAACCAGCACUAUGAAGACAUCGAGGGUUUAGUUAGUGAGUGGGGGAGAAUAACGGAUUCGAUGGAGUCUGCGCAUUACAGCGCCACAGCGGGGAGUCUGUCAGGGUCAGUGAUCGGAGCAGCGGGAGGAAUCACUGCAUUAGUUGGGUUAAUCUUGGCACCGUUCACUCUUGGGGCGUCUCUGAUUGUUACCGGCGUUGGUGUUGGGGUAGGAGUUGCAGGUGGAGUAACCGGUGCUGCAUCCACCAUUACUAAUACUGUACAACAAAAAGCAUUCAGAGAGAGCCUUGAACAAAUCCAGAAGAAGUAUGAAUCUGUAAGCGAACCAAUUCUCACACCACUGAACACGCUGAGAAAGGUUCUGAGAAAAAUCACACAGUUCAGUGUCUUUUUCGGCAACUCAACUUUUGAAAAUGUACAAAUAACAUGCAAUUUAGACAGGAGAAAUGUUCUGUGUGCCACACAACUCAUGAAUUUAGGUCUGUUGGCAAACGUUAGCAGAAUUGCGACUCAGACUGCAAGAGUAGGACGGGUCGUAGCCGAAGCUUUCUCAGGAGUGUUGAGUGGACUACUAGUCAUAGCUGACGUCGCCUUCAUAGUGCUGGACUCUGUAGACAUUCACCAGAUGAGACAGGGGAAAGUAGACGAUCCAGAAAAGGUCAGAUCCAGGGUCCUCAAAUCCAUUGCAGAGAUGAGGAGAACACAUAAUGAGCUUUGCAAUGUCCAGAGGGAAAUACAAAAAACAAGAGAGGAACUAAAAGACUAUAUAGAAUUGGCCAGGGGGGACAGAGAAAUAGACAAUGAUUUAAAUAGCUUAAACGUAUAGAUUAUGAU